AUUAAUCUCCACACACCGCCCAACGCCCCGCUAUGCCUCACAAACAGAAGAAGAAUUUCAACAAUGCCCCCAAGAUUGGCUCUCCUCGAGCGGAGAAAAAACAGCUCUCCCCAGAUCCCUCUGCUUUUGCCGUACCCAUAGUCGCCCCCACCAAUUACCAGGAGAUCCACCAGAACGAGGUGGAAGCCCUGCGCUCGAUCUAUGGCGACGAUUUCGAAGAAGUUGCGCACCGGCGCUCCGCCUGGCAGCAAUCAUCCGAGCUUUCCUUUAAGCUUCAUCUCCGAGCGUCGUCCAACCCCGAGGUACAUUUAGAGUUGUUAGUGGAGCUACCGACGACCUACCCCAAAACCGUUCCGAACCUUUCCCUGGAGAAUUUGGACGACUUACGCCAGGGUGCUCGCUCGAGAGUUCAAGAUAUUAUCCGCAGCAAACCCAAGACCCUUCUGGGCUCUGAGAUGAUCUAUGAGCUGGCCGUGUCCAUCCAGGAUGUCCUUGAAGACGUGGCCGAGGCGCAAGCGCAAGACAAGGAUCUUCCUAGUCUUGAGGAGGAACGCAUGGAGCAGGAAGCCGCUGCCAAUCAACGAGCCGAGCUAGAACGACAGGAAGAAAUCCGCAAACAGGAGGCAGCCACCGCAGAAGAAGAGCGUGCACUGCAGCAGCUGCUCGAGGACCGGCUAAGGGAGCGGACAAAGCUGUCGCGUCGGAAGAGUCGCACGCCUGGCUUAGACGCCAAUGGAGACUCGGAUGGCGUGCAGCAAGCCGCUGGUGCUAUCACCUUCGAUCCGCCCCUCGUCGUGACGGAGCCGGGUCAGGAUCCGCUGUUCUUUAGAGCCGUAUCCGGAAAGUCACUCUUGAAGAGUCGCCAGUACAAAGAAACAUGUACUGUGAGACCUAUCGCGCCCGACAACCGAGCCUAUGCCCCUCUCCUUGUGCUAAAGGAAAUGUCACUCGACCCAAAAGGCGUCGACCCUUUGAAAUUUCGGGAAAGAAUGCGCUUAAGUGAGGAUAAACUGGAAGGUCUCAAAAAGCUGCGACAUCCGAACAUUCGAGACUUCAUUGGAUUCAAGAUCUCCAGACCUCUAAGCUCGCAGGAGACAAUUUGGAAGGUUUCUGCAUUGGUCGAAUACUCAAAUAAGGGGCCUCUUGCGGAAUUCCUAGACAUGGUUGGAACGGUUCCGGUCGAAUUGCUCCGCAGCUGGACCAUCCAACUACUGGAGGCUUUGGAAUAUUAUCACCGCAGUGGGUUUGUUCACGGCAAUAUAAGUUGCGGACGUGUCUUGUUGUUCAGAACACCUACGGGAGGAACCAUUGUGAAACUGCAAGCUAGCAUCGAAGAGGCUUUGCCUGUUUCUACGGCAGGAAAACGGUCGCUCGCUAUAUCCAAGUCGCCAUUUUGGAUGCCACCUGAACUGGCCCACGAGGGAGCCCCACCUACCAUGAAAACUGAUGUAUGGGAUUUGGGUAUUGUCUUUCUCCAGAUGGGCUUUGGAUUAGAUGUCCUCCAGCGCUAUACGUCGGCCAAUGCGAUGAUGGGAACUUUGGGUUUAACGUCCCCGCUGCAGGACCUACUACACGAGUUCUUUCGUCCAGACCCCAAAAAGCGGCCCACAGCAUUCCAACUACAACCGUCCGAGUUCUUCCGCGUUGAUGCGCCUUUGAUUGCUCGCACAAGUGCUGCAAAUUCUAUUUCUCUCCCGAGGCGUCCGCGUCUUGAUUCUCUUGGAGCACUGCCGGCGUUCUCACGCUAUAACCAGGAUUUUGAUGAAGCCGGACGACUGGGAAAAGGUGGAUUUGGUCAGGUUGUGAAGGCUCGAAAUAAGCUUGAUGGUCGUUUCUACGCAGUGAAGAAAAUAUCUCAGAAGUCUACCACUGCGUUGAAAGAUACGCUGUCGGAAAUCAUGCUACUGUCCCGUCUUAACCACCCGUACGUAGUACGCUACUAUACCGCGUGGAUCGAAGAAGACUAUGACUAUGUAGAUGAAGACGCUCUUUCCUCGACCGAUAGCGAUGUCUUUGCUAGCCGGGACUCCCGGGCCUACGACUACAGCACGGGAGGCCUGGACUUCAUCAGCUCCAGCGGCUACCCCAAAAUCCAGUUUGGUUCAGACAGUGAUGAUGACGACGAUGGCACGCUUUCCCACAGAAGAGGAGGAGACACCUCAGAGACCUACGAGACAGAAAGUGGUACAGGUCGAGAGUUGAGUCGGGUUGGAUCAGGUUCGCAGGGCAGACCGGUACAUACGACGCUUUACAUCCAGAUGGAGUACUGUGAGAAACAUACUCUUCGCGAUCUCAUCCGAAAUGGUUUGUAUGACGAUGUCGAUCGGUCCUGGCGUCUCUUCCGGCAAAUUCUCGAUGGCCUUAGCCACAUUCAUGGUCACGGCAUCAUCCAUCGCGAUCUUAAGCCGGACAAUAUCUUCAUUGAUGUUGCUAAUAACCCACGCAUUGGAGAUUUUGGCUUGGCUACCAGUGGCCAAUUUACAACCGCAGUGCGCUCCUCUACAACGGCUGAUUUUGAAGGUGAUUUCACACGUAGUCUGGGCACAACCUACUAUGUCGCGCCCGAGAUGAAGUCUGGCCUAGCAGAAAACUAUAACGAGAAGGUGGAUAUGUAUUCUCUCGGGGUGAUCUUUUUCGAGAUGUGCCAUCCCCUCCCAACGGGCAUGGAACGUGACCAGACAUUACGGGCAAUAAGAGAGCAGCACUUUACGCUUCCAUCGACAUUCCAGUAUUCGGAGAAGGUGCUUCAGGGCCGGAUCAUAAGGUCACUAUUAAACCAUGAUCCAAGCCAACGUCCUUCAGCUUCAGACCUUUUGCACAGUGGUCAGAUCCCUCUACAGGUGGAAGAAGAGACGUUCAGAAGGGCCAUCAUGCACUUGCUGUCUGAUCCCAAUUCUCCUGACUACAAGAAGAUUCUUUCUGGAAUAUUCUCCCAAUCUCCUAAGAAGUACGAAGACAUUGCCUGGGACAUGGACUCACGCGGCACACCAGCAGCCCACGAGCUUCUUGUUCGAGGGUUGGUUAAAGAAAGAUUGACCUCGAUUUUUCGCCGGCACGGAGCGGUGGAGACAACGAGGCAAAUGCUGUUCCCGAGGUCUCAGCACUACAACAAUGGCGCUGUGAGGCUGCUGGAUUCCUCCGGAAACCUGCUUCAAUUGCCAUUUGACCUUACUUUGCCGAACGCACGUGCCAUCCCGCGACAAGACCCUUCGCUGGAGAAGACAUAUGCUUUUGGCACAGUAUACAGAGAUAUGCCUCAUGGAGGGGAGCCUAGAACCCACAAAGAGGUUGACUUCGAUAUUGUGUCGCACAACACUUUGGAUUUGGCGCUGAAAGAGGCAGAAGUCAUCAAAGUUCUGGAUGAGAUCAUUGACGAAUUCCCGCCAUUGAGGUCAUCUCCCAUGUGUUUCCUGGUCAACCACUCCGACUUGCUUCAGCUUAUCAUGGAGUUCUGCCGGAUCACUCCUUCUCAGAUUCCUCGCGUGAAGGAGGUGAUCAGCAGGCUUAACGUGGGGAAAUGGACCAUGCAAAAGAUUAGGAGCGAGCUUCGGUCGCCCUCCAUCGGUGUCGCUUCGACCUCAUUGGACGACCUUGCUCGUUUCGACUUUCGAGACUCUCCCAAGCAAACACAAAAGCGAUUACGGGCAAUCAUGGAAGGCACUCGUUUCGCCGAGCGACUGGCGCCGAUCUUCGCUCGUAUUAACCUGCUAGCAGUCUAUUUGAAGGGGUUCGACGUGAAGCGCAAAGUAUAUGUGAAUCCUCUUGGAAGCUUGAAUGACAAAUUCUUCCGAGGAAGCAUUCUGUUCCAGUGCGUCUUUGACAGUAAGCGGCGUGACGUCUUUGCUGCCGGCGGACGGUAUGAUUCUUUGGUUCAAGAGUUCCGUCCGAAGGUGCUGGCAAACCGCUCUCAGACUCACGCUGUAGGGUUCAAUCUGAGCUGGGAUCGCCUGAGCUCAGCAAUGCUCGAAUACCUGGGAACAGGAAUCGCUGCCAAGACAUCCGUCAAGCAUCCUGAGGCAGAAACCGGGGCAUUUUGGAAGACGAGAAGGUGUGACGUUCUUGUUGCGAGUUUCGACCCAACUGUGCUACGUACGAUGGGGAUUAAGAUCGUCCAGGAUAUGUGGGCCAACGACAUCAGCGCCGAACUCGCUGUGGAUGCUUCGUCCCUGGAGGAACUCCUCAACAAAUACAAGGAAGACAGCCAUAGCUGGAUAGUCAUUGCCAAACAGGAUAGCCAGGAGCGUGGCUUCAAAGUAAAGAGUUUCUCUCCACGAGAAGAACUCGAUAUCCGAAGCCCCGAGCUGGUGCCCUGGAUCCGCAACGAGAUGCGUGCGCGCAAUCAACGUGAAGGCACAGCAGAACCUCAGCGACAGUCUCGCCUGUUAAGCCAAGCAGAAACCAGCACAUUCAACGGUGAUCGGGCCAGCGAUGUGCGCAUCCUGAUACCGCAGCACCGGAGCAAGAAGUCGAACCGCAGGAACAUUGUCGAGUCCGCUCUUUUCCGAUCCCGGGAGGUGGUCGAGGAUGCUCUGCAUGGUCCGGUCGCCGCCAUCGAUACGCGCGACGAUCUGCUCGAAGCGAUUCGGAACACCCGUCUUUCCGACCCGGAAAGUUGGCGAGCGGUCAUCCAGAACGCCCCGCUGACCGAGCGCAAAUACCUCAAUCAAGUGCACGAGUUACUCUCUGAUCUCGCGAACGAGGCACAAACUGGCGACGGCACGGAGCUCUAUACAAACGCAUUUAUUUACAACUACCGGACGGGGUCCUGUAUAUUUUACGAUCUAGCAAGCGGCUGUUGAGCGUGAAGGGUGGAAGGUGGCAUGUGGCUUGGCGUGAGCGUGAAUAUGUGGAAUUCUAUAUGUUUCUUUGAUGGCUGUGAUCUUAUGCCAGAUAUCUCUACUUCGUCGCAUUUCUAGCAACCCGAAUUAUACCCCGACUUUGAGCC